GGAAAAAAAUCACAGAUGAAGCAAGCAGCUAACAAUGGCUCACGCAAAGGCUGUCUUAGUGCUGGAAAACUUUAUAGCUGGCAAAUUUGUUCCUUGUUCUUCCUACAUAGACUCCUAUAAUCCGUCCACUGGGGAUAUCUAUUGCAGGGUGCCAGACAGCGGCAAAGAAGAGGUGGAAGCUGCUGUCAAAGCUGCCAAAAAUGCCUUCCCAAUUUGGUCCUCAAAAAGUCCAUUGGAAAGAUCUCAGAUCCUGAACAAAUUGGCAGACCUGAUUGAACAUGACCUGGAAGAAUUUGCACAAGCAGAGUCAAAGGAUCAGGGAAAAACUAUUACAUUUGCUAGAACGGUGGACAUCCCUCGGGCCGUGUACAACUUCCGAUUCUUUGCCUCUUCCAUCCUUCAUCACACAACAGAGUGCACCGAGAUGGCAACUAUGGGCUGUGUGCAUUAUACCUCAAGGACACCUGUGGGAGUUGCUGGUUUAAUCAGUCCCUGGAAUUUGCCACUAUAUUUGUUGACCUGGAAGAUAGCUCCUGCCAUUGCAUGUGGAAAUACCGUGGUUGCCAAGCCAAGUGAAAUGACAUCUGUCACAGCUUGGAUGAUGUGCAAACUCUUGGAGAAAGCGGGAGUACCCCACGGGGUGGUGAACGUGGUGUUUGGAAUGGGCACCAAGGCUGGAGAAGCCCUUGUCUGCCAUCCUGACGUGCCUCUGAUCUCCUUCACGGGAAGCACGCUGACGGCCCAGCGGAUCAUGGAGAAAAGUGCUCCGCACUGCAAACGGCUUUCACUAGAACUGGGAGGCAAAAACCCUGCCAUCAUCUUCGAUGAUGCUGACUUGGCCCAGUGCAUCCCCACGACCCUGAGGUCCAGCUUUGCCAAUCAGGGUGAGAUCUGUCUCUGCACCUCCAGGAUCUUUGUUCAGAGGGGCAUAUACAGUGAUUUUUUGAAGAGGUUUGUGGCAGAGGCUAAGAAGUGGAAGGUUGGGAACCCCUCAGAUCCUACAGUCGACAUAGGAGCACUAAUAAGUAAAGAGCACCUAGAAAAGGUAAGGAGCUAUGUGAAGAAAGCCCAAGCUGAAGGAGCCAGAGUCCUCUGUGGAGAGGGAGUGGAUCCCUUAGCUCUCCCAGCUGGCAACAGGAAAGGCUACUUCAUGUUGCCCACAGUUAUUACUGAAGUCAAGGAUGAAUCUUGUUGCAUGCAAGAAGAGAUCUUUGGUCCUGUGACAUGCAUAGUAGCAUUUGAUACAGAAGAAGAAGUGAUUGAAAGAGCCAACAGCGUGAAAUACGGCUUGGCAGCCACUGUGUGGUCCAGCAAUGUGGGACGUGUUCAUCGGGUGGCAAAAAGACUACAGUCUGGAUUGGUGUGGACCAACUGCUGGCUUGUUAGAGAUCUGAACUUGCCAUUUGGUGGGAUGAAAGCCUCGGGUGUAGGAAGGGAGGGAGCAAAGGAUUCCUAUGAGUUCUUCACCGAAGUCAAAACCAUCACAAUAAAGCACUGACAUAUAUCAACAGAAGUAUUUUAGGAUAAAAUAAAUGACAGUAAUUUGCGCUACUGUAAAUGGCUUUGUGAAACACAGGCUGCUGUGGUAGCCAUCUUUUUCUUAAACUUUGGACAAGUAAUAUCAAUGACAGCUGAAAAUAGUCAUCCCAAAUGCUAGUGUUGAAUUCAGCCUCUCAUGUUAAAUGAAAUCAGUGCAGACUCCACAAUCAACCCAACCCAAGCCAUCUUAUCUGAUGGAUCCUAAAGUUUUUGAGUAUUCAUGUCUCAAAAUUCUCUCACUCUAAGGCAAAUUGGAGAAAGGAUGAUAUAUGACUGUACCUAUGGCUGGUGAAUUACCUUGAGGGACAAAGUGACAAGCAUGCUUUGAGACUGAUAUUGUAAUGGGAACCAGCCUGUUUCCACUAUAAGCAAUACAUUCCAUGUACCAAUCCAUAUUGCUCUUCACUGGUAUCAGACAAGGACUGAGCUACAGCACACUAAAUGCACAAGGCAGUACCUUUAAUCUAUUAAGUAGGGUUAAACCAUAGGGUCAUGAAAUUCUCAUGAUACAUAGAGACAAUAAAUGUUUUAAUUAGAACCUGCGUUAUGGUAUGCAGCUGAAUCAUCCUAAGCCUUGU